AUGCCUCUGAGCUUCUCAUACCUCUCUAACCUUGUGCGCAACAACCCACUCCUAGCUUCCGUCUCACUCUUGUCGAUUCUAUUUUUACUACGCCGGCAACAUCGUCCAAAUAAACGCCAGACGAAAAUCCCGCUGAAUGAAGAACACGUCCUUAUCCUCGGUGCGAGCUCGGGCGUGGGCCGCACACUUGCAGUACAGUAUGUUCAGCGUGGAGCAUACGUGUGCAUCGUAGCGCGCAAUAAGGAAGGGUUGGAAGGGACAAGAAGGGAAUGCCUUGGCGUGAGUGAGAGCAUGAGCAAUUUGAAAGGAGAGGGAGAAGCGGAGAAGAGGGUGGUUGCGGUGGUUGCUGACUUCUCGGACGCAGAGGGUAUGGCAAAGGUUAGGGAGAGGAUACAAGCUGAAUGGGGUCGUCUCGAUACACUUGCUGUCAUAGCUGGCGUGUCCUCGCUCAGACCUUUACUCGAGACCACUGGGAUUGAGUGUAAAGAAGGAAGAGGUUCCUCGUUUCCAGAUGCUGAUGUAGAGGGCGUUCGGACAGGCCAACAGAUCGCUAGUGCAGCAAUACAAGGAAACUUCACCGGACCUCUCACAGCUGUCCUUACUUGUAUAGCCUUCCUAGAACGCACCUCUCCUUCACCCUCAGUCCUCCUCCUGUCGUCUGUCGCAGCAGUCACGCCAGCACCGACUCGCACACUCUACUGCGCAAGCAAAUCAGCAGCACUCAUCUUAUACCAAUCACUCGCAAUCGAACACCCAAAAGUGCACUUCACCUCAAUCUUACCCGGGACGAUAGAAGGAGCCUUCCGUGCCUCUGCAGUUGACGGUGGUCUGGUACGCGAAUCAGAUCCAAAUCGAAGUGGUUUGAAACGCGAGGUCGUUGCGCGCCGGUGUAUACAGGCCGUUGAUAGGCAGGAACGCGAUGUGUUCAUGCAAGGAUUUUAUCGUUUCGCUCCUGUGUUGUAUUACUCGCUAUGUCCGGGGCUUAUUGAGUGGGUUGCGAGUAAGAAAUAUAAAUAUACAUGA